GGCUAAUUGUCUUUUCGGAUCUAAUGCCUCACAUUCAUGUGUAGUUCCGUUAGUGUAAUUUGCCCGAAUAGAGUUGUCGAUAUCAUAAUACUAGAGGAAUGGAUGCCAAUCAGGUUCUUCUGAAGUUCCAGCGGUUUCAUCUCUUGUGAGCGAAUUUUCAAACUAGUGGUGCAAGUGUGUGGUCCAUUUACGCAAUGGCAAGAGAGAAGCGUCCUCUGGAUAAGGACACAUCAAGUGAUGGAAUGCCCGAGGAAAAGCAUCAGCGUGUUCCCGCAUUAGCGAGUGUGAUUGUUGAAGCGGUCAAAAUGGACAGUCUGCAGAAACUCGGUUCCACUCUCGAGCCUUUACUUCGUCGGGUGUCACGGGAAACAGGUAGGAGAAGAAUUGAGCGUGUUCUUGUGAUGUUAACUGUCAUGUAG